ACAUCCAGCAUGGCGCCGUGGUGGAGGAGCGGAGUGACCCUGCUGCUGGGAGCCGGACUGGGAGCAGCUGGGACCCGCAUACUGAGCACCAGAGCCCGGGGAGAAGAGCCUCACACACCCGGUCUACUGAGCACCGGAGCCCGGGGAGAGGAGCCUCACACACCCGGUCUACUGAGCACCGUCCCGGUACUCCCGGUACCGAGAGUCUACGCCUCCGAGCUCACGGUGAGUCCAGGUGCGUCUGCAGCAGUGAUGAAGUACGGCUUCCCCUCAUUGGCUAACAUCAAAACCAGAGAGUCUUACAUCACUUCCUACGACCCCCGCACACGCACGGCAUCAUGGGUAAUCGAACGGCUCAACAACGCCACGCUGAAAGGGUCAGGUGACAGGAAGUACUGCGAGUUCAGAGAGGACGACAGCGUGCACGCCUUCCAUCGAGCGACCAAUCAGGACUUCAGGGGGAGUGGCUUCGACCGGGGCCACCUGGCCGCAGCGGCCAAUCACAAGUGGAGUCAGAAGGCCAUGGAGGACACCUUCUACCUGAGCAACGUGGCUCCACAGAACCCUCACCUGAACCAGAACACCUGGAACAACCUGGAGAAGCUGAGCCGCUCUCUGACCCACCGCUACGCUAACGUCUACGUCUGCACCGGCCCGCUCUACCUGCCCAGGCAGGAGGCCGAUGGGAAACUCUACGUCAGGUAUCAGGUUUUGGGUCGUAAUCACGUCGCCGUGCCGACGCACUUCUUCAAGGUGCUGAUCCUGGAGCAGCCGGACGGUCGGGGGGUGGAGCUUCGUUCCUACGUGUUACCCAAUGAGCCGGUAGAUGAGAAGCUUCCUCUGGAGCGCUUCCUGGUUCCCAUAGAAACCAUCGAGAGAGCGUCGGGCCUGCUGUUCGUCCCAAACAUCAUGAAGAGGACGAGCAGCCUGCAGGCCAUCACCGCUAAAUGACCUCAU